AUGGAUGGAUCCGAGUCAGUGUCCAGUGAAGAUACUCAUAACUAUGCAGGCGUUGCAGCUGAUCGUCUACGCGAUCCGGCGCUGGCAGAUCCAGACAGCGACCAGAGAUCUGCACCCCGGGCAAUCACUGGCAGAGCAGAUUGGCGUAUUCGCAACCAUCCAGAUUACCCUCGCCAGGGUUCAGAAGACGAAUAUGCACAGCAGAUGGAAGACAAGCGGGCCGCUCUUCGAAACUACCAGCAAUUCCCUAAGACGGUGUUGACACUGGAUUCUACGAUGGAACAAAACCGCCCUCCUGGACCAGAUGGAUACCAGAGGCGUGAUUCUUCUGAGAGUUUCCCUAUGUUUUCCGCCUCUACGGAUAGUUCGCACCCUUCGAAAUCCCUUGGUGUCUCUUACUCUUCCAAUGGCCGAUUCCCGGAUCGGCGACAGUCAGAUGCUGGACAGGCUAAUAGUUCCUACGGAGGACGGUCUGUUGUCUCUGGCGAAAGAGAAUCACAUUUGGAACCGGCACCAGAAGAGCCGGAGGAUGAUCUCGAAAUGGAUGAUUCCACCAUUGAAGCCGGUCGGAUUCAUCUUGAACGACCUUCCAGCCCCCCCGCCCUUAUUGACCGAAUCUACCCCGCUGGACCAUCCAAGCUCGCCAUGGCAGGCAUUUAUGAAGAUUUUUCGCAAGUCCAAAUUCCUCUGGCUCCAGAUACAGCUGAACCGAAGCCAUGGAGCAUCGAAGCCAUUUUGAAAGAGGCUGUUCGAUACUAUCACAGCAAUAGCAGCUCUGUCGACAUCCAAACUGCAGCGCACCUUUUGCAGAAACUCCAUGUCCUGUUCAAAGAUUGCGAGAUAAUCCUUCCGUAUGAGGAAAGUGAAAUGAUCUUCAAGACCUACAAUGAAUAUCUUAUUCGGCAUUCUAUGGACCUGGAGGCCGCAGAGCUUCGUCUGUCCUGCGUACCUUCUUACCCAGGUGUUUAUGACUAUGCCCAGGUUGACACCUUCAUCAAUGUAUUCUGCCACACUUGCCAAAAACCCUACGAAAACCCGAAGCGCGACAACUCUCAAUGGGUUACUGCACAGGAAGAAAAACAGCAGACGACCUCUUUUGGUGGUGCAAGUCCUAAUCCGAUUUCUGAAACCACCUCACAUUCGUCUGUCCCAACAGAAGCAAUCUCAUCCUCCGAGUUGGAUCAAUUUAAUUCUUUCACCCCUCCUCGACCCAAGGGUGCUGCUCUCUGGUCCUGGUGCCAAGGAUGUGGUCAUGGUGGUCAUGUCGCCUGCAUCACAACCUGGCUCAGUGAUAUUUCUAUCAGUGAAGGUGGCUGUGCCACUCCUGGCUGCUCGCAUGACUGUGGUCCAGGUCCCCGUCGUGAGCUUAACCGCCAAGCUUUGCUUACAGAAUCUAAACGUCGUGACUCCGUCAGUCGUACCUCCGGCGUUGGUCUCGUGAAACGGGAUCCUUGGACAAAGGGCGAAAGUAAGGCAGUUGAAAAAGUUCGUGGCAUGCUUGGCGCUGCUGGUGUUGUUGCCGCUACCGGUGGCACAGUUUCCACUAACACCUCGGCUCCUGGCCAGGCUGUCUCUUCCGGUGCUGUGUCGCCUAAAAAGGUCAGGCUGGUCACUCCUGGAGAGCAGGGUCGACGAAGAGGUCCCUCUAGUCGGUCAAGCUUUGCUCCUACAAAUUAA